AUGACAGUUGAGAUGAGAACUAUACUCAUGACUUUGUUGAAUAUUGAGACAAAAGUUAUGAAAGGAGACACUCAGCAGGAGGCAUCGAAGUUGUAUCCACUCAAAGGGAUUGAUAAAUUGAGGGAUAUUGUGGAAACACCGAUUAGUUUGAAGGGAAAACGAACGGAAAUGAGAUAUGAAGCAUAUCGAAUGGCUGGAAAUGAUGAGUUGUGUGCAAUUGCGUAUAGGAGAUUGAUUGCAGCUAUUGAUUGGGUGGAGAGCUUAUCACCGUUGUUGGGACACUUGACAGUGGAUGAUAAGAUAGCACUCAUCAAAUCUUCUUUUGCUCCCCUUAUGGUCUUCAACUUCUGCGCCAGGACCGCCGAAGCCUGCCAAGACGAAAACGUGUUAUGCCUCUGUAAUUUUGCAUAUGUACCGAGAAAUAUCUCAAAACUAUAUGAAGACACUUACCAUCUUGGAAACGGACUUGUCGAACGGGCGCUCAAUGAACUCGUAGCGGUUUACAGGGAGUAUGGAAUGAGAGAAGAAGAAAUAGUCUGUGUGAAUGCAAUGAUUUGUUUGAAUCCCCUGGCGAAGGAUGUGUCGGAUUCACUUUUUGAGAAGAUAGUGGAGCUGAGAAAUCGAAUAGCGGAUUGCUUGUUUUCAAUUGUCAAGGAAGUUAGGUUAAGCCCCACACCGAAUGUUUGCUAUGGGCAUAUUCUGUUGUCAUUGGCUACUGUUACGGCACCCUCCUCCUCAAUUUCCCUCUCCUCCCCAGAUGAAUACCAUCCCACGAGCACUGCACCAAUGAACAAUCACGCCGAGAAUCAUCUGAUGGGCCUGAAUUAUGACGCCUCUACGAUACAGAAUGGUGUGAGCAGUAAUGGAGUUGCUCAUCCUCCUACAGUACCUACAGUACCACCAGUCGCUGCGAGACCUGUCUACGAUCAGCAACCAUCGUGUUCCAAUCAGAAUCCGUCUACAUUUUAUAACUUCCCCCCUCCACCCGGUUACCCACCUCUUAACGCUGGUUAUACUCCAAAUAUCAACUAUCCUCAACUCUAUCAACAACCCCAAUAUUACAAUUUUCCCGCUCAAAAUGUAGAUCAAACUUAUCCAUAUUCUCAAGACAUUCCCCCACCUCAACCAUAUUUCUACAACCAAAACCCUCAAAAUUAUCCACAUCAUCAUAACAAUUUUCAGAAUCAAUACGCGUCUUGA